AUGGAAAGCUGCAAUCCGGUAUCAACUCCAGUUGAGAAUGGAGUGGAAUUGAGGAAGAGUAAGGUUGGGAAUGUCGAUCCAACUUACUUCAAAAGCUUAGUAGGAAGCUUAAGGUACUUGACAUGUACCAGACCGGAUAUACUCUACGGGGUCGGACUCGUCAGCAGAUACAUGGAGACACCAGACCAGUCUCAUUUGAAUGCAGCCAAGAGAAUUCUUCGCUACAUCAAAGGCACAAUGAAUGAAGGCUACUCGGAUAGUGAUUGGGGUAGAGAUCUGGAUGAAAGGAAAAGCACAACAGGCCGUAUGCCAUUCAAUAUGGUUAAGGAAUAUGCUGAAGUUUUUGGGAUUUCCUCAAGAAAAUCCUACGGAGAUUUAUAUAGACAAUCGAUCAGCAAUCGCAUUGGCAAAGAACCCAGUGUAUCAUGA